UUCCCUGGUGCAAAUGGCGAGAAGGGCGCAAGAGGUUUGAUUGGAAAACUUGGACCAAGAGGACUAAGAGGGCCUACCGGUCCCAGAGGGCAGAGGGGUCCCCGUGGAUCAACAGGAAAACCAGGUGCUAAGGGCGGCUCAGGCAGUGACGGGCCUCCUGGACCACCUGGAGAGAGAGGAUUAACCGGACCUCAAGGUGCAAAUGGAUUCCCUGGGCCAAAGGGACCUCCUGGACCCCCGGGGAAAGAUGGACUGCCUGGACACCCUGGACAGAGAGGCGAAGUUGGUUUCCAAGGCAAAGUUGGACCACCUGGACCACCAGGAGUGGUUGGACCACAGGGUCCCUCUGGUGAGACUGGUCAGAUGGGUGAGCGGGGCCACUCAGGACCCCCAGGACCACCCGGUGAGCAAGGCCUUCCUGGGCCCUCUGGUAAAGAGGGAACCAAAGGAGAUCCCGGUCCAUCUGGCGGCCCCGGUAAAGACGGACCCCCUGGACUGAGAGGAUUCCCAGGAGAAAGAGGACUGCCAGGAACUCCGGGAACUGGAGGACUGAAAGGAAAUGAAGGGCCUGCUGGACCACCUGGACCUGCUGGCUCAGCUGGGGAGAGAGGAGGUGCUGGCACUGCAGGUCCCGUUGGCCCACCUGGACGACCUGGACCUCAGGGACCCCCUGGAGCUUCUGGAGAAAAAGGAGUGCCAGGAGAGAAAGGUCCGAUUGGUCCAGCUGGUCGCGAUGGCAUCCAAGGUCCAGUUGGUCUCCCCGGCCCUGCUGGACCUCCGGGUACUUCUGGAGAGGAUGGAGACAAGGGUGAGGUUGGAGAGCCAGGACAAAAGGGAGGGAAAGGAUCCAAAGGAGAACACGGUCCUCCUGGUCCACUUGGGGCAAUGGGUCCUGUUGGACAGCCUGGCGCAGCUGGUGCCGAUGGUGAGACCGGUGCGAGAGGUCAGCAGGGACCGUUUGGCGCUAAGGGAGAUGAAGGGACAAGAGGAUUCCCUGGGCCUCCAGGCCCCAUUGGACUACAGGGUUUGCCAGGCACAUCUGGAGAAAAGGGAGAGACAGGAGAUGUUGGGCCAUUGGGUCCUCCUGGUCCCCCAGGACCACGUGGUCCAGCUGGCCCCAAUGGUGCUGACGGUCCUCAAGGUCCUCCAGGAGGUUUGGGUAAUCCAGGUCCCUUAGGAGAGAAGGGUGAGCCUGGUGAAUCUGGACCCCCUGGUGUUGGUGGAGAGCCAGGAAAAAUGGGCCCGAGAGGAGAGCGUGGUGAGAAGGGAGAGUCCGGGCAGCCUGGCACCGCUGGUCCUGCUGGUGGAAAGGGACCUACUGGAGAUGAUGGACCCAAAGGAAACCCUGGUCCUGUUGGUUUCCCUGGAGAUCCAGGCCCGCCUGGUGAAGUUGGACCACGAGGCCAAGAUGGUGCAAAGGGCGACCGAGGAGAGGACGGAGAACAAGGAGAAGCUGGUUCACCUGGACCGACUGGUGAGAACGGACCUCCUGGACCUCCAGGAAAGAGAGGUCCUGCAGGUACAAGGGGACCAGAGGGUCGUCAAGGAGAGAAAGGAAGCAAGGGCGAUUCAGGUGCCCUCGGCCCUCCAGGAAAGACCGGCCCUGUUGGGGCACAGGGUCCACCAGGAAAACCAGGAACUGAAGGUCUGAGAGGGUUGCCUGGAUCAGUGGGUGAGCAAGGUUCCCCAGGUGCUGCUGGCCAGAAAGGACCCUCUGGACCUUUGGGUCCUCCAGGUCUACUUGGUCUUCGUGGUGACCCUGGUGCUAAGGGUGAGAAGGGACAUCCAGGUAUGCUUGGUCUGAUUGGGCCUCCAGGAGAACAAGGAGAGAAGGGAGACCGAGGCAUGCCAGGACCCCAGGGAUCAACAGGACCCAAGGGAGAAACGGGUAUGUCUGGAGGCACUGGCCCUCUUGGCCCUGCCGGUCCUGCUGGUAUGGCUGGUCCGAGGGGUUUCAAAGGAGCUAAAGGUGCCACUGGUGGAGCUGGUGUUAAAGGAGAAAAAGGUGUGCAAGGACCACCAGGACCACCGGGUCCCCCUGGUGAUGUCAUCCAGCCGCUGCCCAUUCAGAUCCCCAAGAAGUCCAAGCGCUCCAUCGACGCCAGUAAGAUGCUGUCUGAGACUGACACUGAGGCUGCCGACGCCACGGGCACAGAGUUCCUGACCGGUAAUGAAGGGAUGGAGGAGAUCUUCGGCUCGCUCAAUUCCCUGCGCCAGGAGAUCGAGAGCAUGCGCUUCCCGCUGGGAACGCAGGAAAGCCCGGCCCGCACCUGCCAGGACCUCCACCUCAGCCAACCAGAUCUGAAAGACGGCGAGUACUGGGUUGAUCCAAAUCAAGGCUGCGCCCGCGACUCUUUUAGAGUUUACUGUAACUUCACUGCCGGUGGAGAGACGUGCCUGUAUCCCAGCAAAGCAGUGGAGAAUGUAAAGAUGAACUCCUGGCCAAAGGAAAAGCCUGGGUCCUGGUACAGUCAGUUUGCAAAUGGUGACAAGUUUUCCUAUGUUGACUUGAGUGGAGAGCCUGUAGGUGUCGUCCAGCUGGGAUUCUUGCGGUUGCUCAGCGUCCAGGCCCGUCAAAACCUAACCUACCACUGCCACCGGUCAGUGGCCUGGGCUGACCUCACGACCGACGGCGGUUACCAGCGGGCGCUACACUUCCAGGGAGCCAACGAUGAAGAGCUGAGCUACGAGACCAGUCCCUACAUCAAAGCCCUCGUCGACGGAUGCUCU